GCGUCCGCUGAGGACUCUUGUUUUGAUACUUCCGCUGAGGACUCUUAUUUUGACGGGUUGUUAUUCAAUCGCCAUCUUGGCUGGUUGUGUACGGCUUCCGGCGCGCGCAAAGAAGCGACCCGGAAAACCCGAUCCGAGUUGAACUGAAGCGAGUGGAGCGGUUCUCUGGUCUCGCGGGGUUAAUAACGCGGCGCAGGAAUGGCGGCGAUCCGUAAGAAGCUGGUGAUCGUUGGUGACGGUGCGUGUGGGAAGACCUGUCUGCUCAUCGUCUUCAGUAAAGACCAGUUCCCCGAGGUCUACGUGCCCACCGUCUUCGAGAACUACGUGGCCGACAUCGAGGUGGACGGCAAGCAGGUGGAGCUAGCGCUGUGGGACACGGCGGGUCAGGAGGACUACGACCGUCUGCGACCACUCUCGUACCCAGACACCGACGUCAUCCUCAUGUGCUUCUCCAUCGAUAGCCCAGACAGCCUGGAGAACAUUCCUGAGAAAUGGACUCCGGAAGUCAAGCAUUUUUGCCCCAACGUUCCCAUAAUUCUGGUGGGCAACAAGAAGGACCUGCGCAACGACGAACACACACGCCGCGAGCUCAUUAAGAUGAAGCAGGAGCCCGUCAAGCCAGAGGAGGGCCGGGACAUGGCCAACCGCAUCUGUGCCUUCGGAUACAUGGAGUGCUCUGCCAAGUCCAAGGACGGCGUGCGGGAGGUGUUCGAGAUGGCCACCAGGGCGGCGCUGCAGGCCCGCAAGGGCAAGAAGAACAACAAGUGCCUGCUGCUGUAGACAGACUUUUAUUCCUUUUAACUGAAUCAGUUCACCUAGUGUUGAGAGUUUAUGUCAGUAUUUAACGCACGCGAACACAUAUGCAACAGCGACUUGGAGAAACAGCGCAUCAGGACCAGGGUGUGCUGCACGCCGCGGACCAGACUUGAAAUGCAUUCUUUUGUCUUUCUCAAUCAGAAAAUUUGGUAUGUUUGUGUAUUAAAGCCUUUAUAAGACA